AUGACUACGUGUCCCACAAGGCUGACCAGUCCGAGUACCAGUGCGAAUCACGUAAGAGCAGCGAACAGCACUGAGAGACCCUCCACUCUGAGCGUACCACUCACGAAGCUGGCGAGGCGUGAGAGACACGCGAGAGGGUCGCGGGAGCUGCAUCUGGCCGCCACCACGAGUAGAAGCAGCAGGAGUGGUAGUAGGAGUAGCGUCGCCACCCCUACAGCCCCAACCAGCGUACCACUCACGCAGCUGCUGGGGCGUGAGGGACUCACGCCGGCGUCGCUGGGGCUGCAUGUGGCUCCGCAAGCGACGGGAAAAGGGGGGGUGGGUGGUGGGGGGCCGGUAGAUGCAGCGGCGGGGCCAGCAGGUGGAGUUGCGGGGCCGGUAGAAGGGGACGGCAGGAGCCGUCAGGAGGGGACGGCGGGGCCGUCAAGAAGGGACGGCGGGGCCGUCACGAAGGGACGGCGGGGCCGUCAGGAGGUGACCGGGCCGCGACGGGGGCAGGCGGCGGGGCCGCGUAAGGGCCUGGGCGGGGCCGCGACAGAGCCGUCGGCGGGGCCGCGUGAAAGCCGGGGCGGGGCCGCGUAG